GACCACUGGUGAAAAAGUGUUCGGCUGGAACGUGUAAAAUGAGUGAUGACUUCUUCGUCCAAUAUCCACUGAAAAGUGCAUUUUGCUUUGGUAUAAGAGAUAAAAGCAACACAAAACGCAACCUGUUUGUCUUCUACACACAUAGAGUAAUGCUUCAGUCUUCAAAUAGACUAAGCUUGUAUGAUGGAGGAGCAAGCGUGUCCUCGCUGUAAGUCAACCAAGUACCGGAAUCCUUCCCUCAAGCUUCUGGUCAAUGUAUGUGGACACACAUUAUGUGAGAACUGUGUGGAAAUCUUAUUUGUGAGAGGUUCAGGCGCUUGUCCGUCCUGUAGCACACCAUUGCGUAGAAAUCAGUUCAGAAUCCAAGAGUUUGAAGAUGCCAAUGUGGAGAAGGAAGUCGACAUAAGAAAGAGGAUAUUAAAAGACUUCAACAAAAAAGAAGAGGAAUUUCCAACAUUGAAGGAGUAUAAUGACUACUUAGAAAAAAUUGAAGAAAUCAUUUUUAAUCUAGCGAAUGGCACAGAGGUUGACGCCACAAAGAAAAAGGUUGAACAGUACAGGAAGAACAACAGAGAAAGCAUCAUGAAAAACAGAUCCAAACAGAGUACUGACCAGGCCUAUCUGGAGGCUUUAAUCCAACAGGAAAAUGAAGAUGAAGAAGAGAAGAAACAACAACUUCAGUUCAUGGAGAGACAAACUAAAAACCAAAAGAAGCGGGACAAGGAAGCUCUGAUUGAUGAACUGAUACACUCCAGCAUGCCAGCAGAGCAUGUGAUAGCCAGCCAUACAGCUAAUGUUGAGAUGCAAGAGGCGCCGGUCUUCAAGUUGCAAAAAAAGACAACAUUCUCAACUGGAAUCAAAGUGGGAUUUGGCUACCAGGAUGCCUUCUUACCAAUCCCAAAACAAGAGGAGAUCUUGUACACAUAUGAGGAAGAGACAUAUCAGAGUUAUGGUCCAUCAGCCCCAUCUAUAGAAGAGUUGGACACACAAAGGUACAACAAGCAUGUGAGGCCAGCAUCUCCACAGGGUAUGGCCGGGGGCUACAGUCACAAUCUGGCCUGCCUCAGAGCACUCCAAGAAGCGUUCUCUGGAUUAAUGUACUUUCCUUCGCAACACAAAAACACCGAGGACUCCACAAGUAUGGAAACAAGUUGACAGGUGAAAAGAACACUGGGCGUAAAUUGAGCAGUUUUGGAUCAAGAAGCAGCGUUUUUGUGUUUUAAAGAUCCCUGGUUGUCACAGGUACCCAUUUAUACACCUAUGUGAAGAGGAGCAAUUAUGGUAGAGUGUUUUGCCUCAAAGGACUACCACCAUAAGCUGGAGUUAAAAUUUGAUUUGAGAAUUCCCUGAAUGUCACAGGUACAGAUUUAUACACCCAUGUGAAGAGAAGCAAUUAUGGUAGAGUGUUUUGCCCCAAAGGACUUAUGAAGGACAACUAGGGGCGACUCAACCACCAUAAUCUAGAGUUCAAAUUUGAUUUGAGAACUCCCGUGAUGUCACAGGUACCCAUUUAUACACCCGUGUGAAGAGAAGCAAUUAUGGUAGAGUGGUUUGCCCCAAAUGAAUUAUGAAGAACAACUAGGGGCGACUCAACCACCAUAACUUGCAUAACCUAGAGUUCAAAUUUGAUUUGAGAAUUCCCUGAAUGUAACAGAUACCCAUUUAUACACCCGUGUGAAGAGACGCAAUUAUGGUUCAGUGUUUGGCCACAAAGGGCUAUAGUUUGAACCCACAUUCUGGGGACUCAACUACCAUAGCUUAGGUAUAACUGCAUUUGAGAAUUCGCCGAAUGUAACAGGUGCUGUUUAUACACCUAUGUGUAGAGAAGGAAUUAUGUCAAACUAUAACAUAUCAAGAACACAAGCAAGAAGACUAGUGAAUGAACCUACAUUCAGCCAAAUUUUCCAAAACUUGACAACUGCCUGGACACCAUGUAAUACAUUUCUACAUGAGCUGUGGCGGUUGUUAGAAGAACAGGUGGUUUAAACCUUGUAUGUGGAUGUAAAACCCCUGGUUUUUCUUAGAACCGUCAUGCAUGUAGCUAGUAAUAGAUUUAUUACAAGGUGUAUCCGCAUACCUCACUUGAAUGUAUUUUCACCAUGCACAGUUUCAAAUCCUGCAACUGCCUUUUGUUUGAUUUUUUUAUUGAACUUUUCGACAACAAUGUUCUUCAUAUUAUUUUGGUCUUGUCUUCCAAUGAAAUAUCCUUCAAAUGUGAGAUUAUCAUUAAUGCACAUGGGAAACCAAUACUCAAAAGAAGAAACACAGGAAGCGAAGAAAGUAAUGACAAAUCAUGUGAUCCGCUUUAUUGCUUCUGACUUCAAAUAAGAAAGCAAACCUUAUUAAGUUGAAGUUGUCAGAUAAACAAAAGACUAAUAUUUUGUUUUGAUAGUAGAGCAGUAAUGUAAAAUCAAAACCUGUGUUUUCACAUCCAGUUUGUAAUCCUAGUUUUGUACUUUGUCAUAGUCAAAUAGUUUGACCAAAGAAUUGAAAUAAAUAACUGUACUUUUUUACGGUUAUAAGAAAUAAAAUACAGAAUAUUUAUCUGAUAUAAAUCGAAAGUCUUUUAUGCUCCAUUAAUCCUUUUUAUAUAACACCCAAGCAGAUCCUUGCCAUUUGAUUGGAGGAUUGUCCGUCACGUGAUAGCAAA